UGUCAUACUAUAUACAAUAAACGAAGCGUUGUGCAUUUACUUUGGUAGAUUUUAUGGACUAGUAUUAAUGACCUAACUGUAUGCAAUUAACCAGAAAACAACUGAAUUGGCAUGGAUUGCACUGAUCUAAAUACUUUCGGGGAUGAUGACGUUAUUGAGCCGUGCCGAACAUGCGGCAUUUAUUUCAUUUCUAACCAUGCAAUCAUACAGCCGAUAUUUACAAACGGCGCCGGCGACAUUUUCAAUGGCAACAUGCAGGAAAUAGUGGAGCAAAUGAAAGCCUGGAAACUUGAAGUGGACAGAAACGACGGGCGGCCUCAGUACAUGUGCAUUGCGUGCAUUGGUGAGUUCGAAAAAGUGCUGAACUUUAAGCGCAGCUGCCUGGAGACACAGGAACAGUUUGAUGAGCUCGAUUACAAGCGUGCACACAAUGGGGUUGUGAUUAAAAAGGAAAUAGAUCCGCAAAGUGAGACGGAGAAAUAUUGUGGCUUCAUUUAUCUCGACACGGACGAAGAGGAGGGCAGCGAAGAGGAUGGCAGCAGGCGCGUCUGUGCUCCCCUCGAUAUACCACAUGUACCUAUCAAGGAGGAGCACACGGCUCGUGUGCCACAAGAGACGCAAUAUCAGCCAGCAGCGCCUUUGGUUAAUCAUCUGCACGAGGAGGCCACCUUUGCACAAGUAAAGCCUGAGGAGCUAGCCGCUGCAAAUGGCUUUAGCUCUACCCUGUUCGAGCGUUCGCCUCAGCCGAAUGAAAGUCAAGAUGACGAUGAUGAUAUUAUUAAAUUCACCUAUGAAGAUGAUGAUAGCGGCGAAGCAUUGGUCACGCUACCAGCUCCAAUCGAGGAGCCUGGCGUCUAUUGCAAGCUAUGUGGACAUGCUUCAGCCAGCAAGGAACAGCACAACGAGCACAUGAGUCGCAUACAUAUGCUCAAGGAUUGCGAGUGCCAUAUAUGCGGCAAGAAGUUUGCUAAUGCACACGAAUCACGUCUCAGGUUUCACAUGAAAUGGCACAAACUACAAAAGCAUCUCAAAUGCCCCAUCUGUGGCUUCUUCUGUAACUCCAAAGAUACGCUCAAAGAGCACAAGCUAGCGGUGCAUACGCGCUCUAAGUGUGAUUUCUGUGGCAAGACUAUGAAGCACCGGCAGCUACAAGCUCAUCUCAAUCGACAUAUAGAGGAACAUGAGGAAGAAUUGGCGCGCAAGCUGGGAUCAAUGCAAACAAUAGAAACUUCCAAUACAGCACAGCCUGAUUUGAUACAGUGCGCCUUCUGCGAGUGCACAUUUGACGAUGCCAAUGAGCUGCAAAUGCAUGUGCUGACGACACACCGAACGCCGCCCGAAGAACAGCCAACGGUAUUGGAAUCGGCAAUCGAACCGGAGCAGCUAACUCCAAUUGCUGCGUCAAGCAUCGGUCAAUCAGACUUUUCAAACGAGACUUCACCAAGCACAACAAAUGCCAUGCAAGAUGAUACCAAUAGGAGCCAACAUUCCAGCAAUCCGCGGCACACCAAGUCACUGUGCGAAUGUAGUAUUUGCGGCAAAACAUUCGAUUUAAAAAUUAAACUUAACCGACAUCUAAAACAGCACACUAAGGCGCCAUUCUGAUGGAUAAGCGAUGUUCGUAAUCCGCUACAAGCAGCUGAAAGAAUGGCCAUAACUGGAUAGUAAACACACACGCACACUCACACAUAGCCAUAGUCAUGUCAUUGUUUAUAUUCAAUUGUUCAUUUAGUUUAUCUUAAUUUUGUAUACUUCAUUAGCAGAUAAUUUCGUAGAAAACAUAGGCUUCAUUAUUUUGUGUUGCGGCUGCGUCGUUGAUGCGAUACAGUGUGCUAGAAAAGUAUGUUGCUAAAUUAAAGCAGCUGCUGAACUUUUAUUAUGGAAAUUUUUGUCUGUCUGUUAUUAUAUUAAUGUACAGCUGUAUAGGUCUUUUUCUUCUAAAUAAACAUUAUAAUAGGUUUAAUGAA